AUGAAAAGAAUAUAAAUAAGUUAUCGAAGUCUUAUAAUAACAAAGAAUGAGGAGUAUUUCAUUAAAUUUCCAAAAAAUAUAAACUAAAUUACAAUCUCUAGUAUAAAUAUUCUCUAAAAUGGAUAAUAUUAGAAAAAAGAGAAGAUAAUGAAAAAGAAAGAAAUUAAUAAAUUAUUGAAUGCAUUGAAAUUUGAAGCUGAAAGGUAAUAAAAAGACUUUAUAAAUGAAUCAAUUUUAGAUCAUAGUUUUAUAUAACUUAUUUAAGAGAAGAUUGUAGAAUUUCAUGAAGUAAGAAAUAUAUUCAAUGAAGAAUAAAGUAGCAAAAAAGCAUAAUAAAGAUUAAUUGAUCGCUAAAAAUUAAAGGUCUGCUUAAAUGUAGUAAUAAAUUUAAUUUGUACUUCUAUAAGAUGAUAAUAAAAAAAGAGCAUAGACAAUCUAUAAAAAAUUAAUAAACACUUCAGUCUCUAAAUACAAGUCUACAUUAAAUGAUAAAUAAGAAUAAAGAAUAAAUCAAAUUAUGAAUACUAAGUUUUUAUUAUGA